GAAAAUGCACGUGUAGAUAUUUUGAAUUAAUUCGAAUGACAACUGUCUUCAACUGGGAUUAUAAUUCAUGAGAGUCAAAUCUGUCCAUGUCCAUCCAUCCGUCUUGGUAAAAUUAAAAUACGAAGACUUGCCAUAUUCUCGCGUGGUUUUGCAUGGUUUCGAUUGCUUUGCUCCACGCCCCUUUGAAACUGCCGGAGUUCAUCGUCCGAUACAUGGAGAGAUGAGGUUGACGCCGAAUUAAUACAAUGACAAUAAAUAAGAAUCUUGACUCGAAACAUUCCCGUCAAGAUGAAGUAGUGGGAUCCAUGAUAAGUGUGCAGGUUAAGAUCCUUGCUUCAUCAUAGAAAGCAGAUCAUCUCCUAUUAUGGUGUGAAUGCUGGGAACAUGAAGCUUCCAAAACGCUGGGCAGCACACAGACGUGCAUUUCUAUUGACGGGAAUUUUCUGUGUGCUCUGUCUGGUGAUCGUUUCAUCUUGGUCUGGUAAAGACGCACUUAAACCUCUGGAUAUGCAUGUCAGCCCCGAGUAUAAAAAGCUAGUGCACCAAAAUGUUUUCAAAGUACUUGAGCGGCAAUGUCACCGCGAAAGCACCAGGCAGGGGCUUUUGGCUCGACUACCGGCUUCCAGUCACAUGACCCAGCCCUUCCUGUGGAAGGACACACCGCUUUCAAGCGACUUCUUCAAGUACCCACCCCCCUUUGGGUUCAGAGGUCUUCAGGCAAAUGUAGCGGCUCUGCUUCAGCAGUUGCCAAAGUCCAAUGAAGCACCCUCAUUCAAAAAGGCGCCUGAUACAUGUCAGCGCUGUGUGGUCAUUGGAAAUGGAGGCGUUUUGAAAGGCCUGGAGCUGGGUCCUUUCAUUGAUCGUUUUGACACCAUUAUAAGGUUGAACAGCGGUCCUCUCGGAGAGUUUAGUGUUGACGUAGGGAAUCGGACCAGCAUCAGGAUAAGCUAUCCAGAAGGCACGCCCACUCACUGGCUUGACACAGAUCCUCAAACAGUAUUUGUAGCUGUUGUAUAUAAAGGCGUAGAUGUCAGCUGGAUCUCUGCAAUGAUUAACAAGCUCACUGUGCCAUUGUGGGACUGGCUAUUCUUCUGGCAGGAUGUUGCAGAGGAAAUCCCCCUUGAACCCAACAGGUUCAGACUCUUAAAUCCACUCCUCAUCAGAGAAACAGCGUUAGAUUUACUAAAAUUCUCCCCACCUACUACACGCUUGUGGGGCUGGGACCAGAAUGUCCCCACCCUGGGUGUCUCUGCACUGGAUUUAGCGAGUUUGCUUUGUGACGAGGUGAGCCUCGCGGGCUUCGGCUACAACCUCUCCCAGGAAAGGAGUCCAAUGCAUUAUUAUGAUCAGCUGCCUAUGAGUUACAUGCUGUGGCAGGGUAUGCACAAUGUGAAUGAGGAGACCCAAGUCCUUAAAAGUCUCAUCAAAGAGGGAACCAUCACUGACCUGACAGGGGGCGUUCAUUGCUCCUUCUGCCCCUGAUUACCUCCAAAUCUACAGUCUCCUACAGAAGUACUACUUGAACUUCAAGGUCAAUUCUUUUGUCUGUAUACCAAAGAUAUUUAGGUUUCGGAUCAAAAGGUAAAUAUGAGACAAAAGUUGACAAUUCCUGAUUUUGUUUAGUGGUAUUCUAGAUAUAAUAAUUCAAGAGAGAGCACUUUUUCUUGAAAGCCACCCACUUUUCACGUUCCUGCUGUUCAAAUACUUUUUUUGGGGGGGGGCUGUAUAUACAGUACUGUCAAGCAUUAUCUUUUAGAACAGUGCUGUGCAUGGAUAAAUAUUCGGAAACAGAAACACUAAAUGGUUUGUUGAGAUAUUUCAAAAAAACGUUAUACAAGCAAGCAUGUGAGAAACAUUUAGUACAUUUCUGAGAGUGCACUAAAAUGAACAAAUAUUAUUCCUUCCCUUUCUGCUCCUUAGUUUACAGAAAUUUUAACCAUUUGAUCAAUUUUAAAGUGACCAACGUCUUUUUUUUCCUGCAUAUAAAAGUGUUUUAUUCCACAUGAACAUGAACACAGUCCUUCAUCAGAUAUAGUACUUCUGGCUGCCUAUAUUUCAAAUGUCAUAUCUGUAGACUAGAAUAUAUUUGAAUGUUAUUCUAUUUCAUUUUAGGUUGUAAUGAAAUAUUUGUCUAUGGACCGGUAUUUGUAAUAAAUCUGAAUAGUCGCUGUUUACCUGAAGUAAAAUGGGGGAUUUUUUUUCACAAAGUAUAUAUGCUUUGACGAAGUACAAUAUUUUUGUUGACACUGGACAAAUCUGCGAAGCAGAUUUUAAUGUGUAGCUACUGAAAAAGAUGAAUUUGUGUUCACCUAAAAAUCUGUAAAUGAAAAUCAAAUUUAAAAGCAAUCACUUGCUACCAUGUGCAGGAUGUGUAUUUCUCAAAAACAGACAUAACUUAGACAUCACUACAAGCGUGAAAUAUUUUACCUGGGUUUUUUUUUGUGACAUAAUUUCCCAGUUUGUCAAGUGACACAUUUACCUUUCAAGAAUCUUUUAUAAUAGUGCGUAAAAAGCUACAGUAGCUUAUCACCCAAAAUAUGAACUUGUUAACGUAUUCAUUUCAUGUGUUUUUGGGCUCUGACUAUUUAUAAAUUUCAGGAAGAUGGCUAGUUUGUGUGUGUGCGUUGAUAAAAUCAAAGCUACCACAAAGCCAAAUAGUAGCCUUGUUCUAUUCAGAUCAGAAAAUGUCCUUGGUCUCAGAAAUACCUAGAUAAGCAUGGAAAUAGACUUAGUCCCUUACAUGCACUGAUUACAAUCUAUUAAUGAUAAUAUGUCUCAAACUGUUUUUUGUUUUUUAGCACGUUCUACACUGUCUGUUUUUUCUAUCUAAAUAAAUACAUCUAACAUGGGAAUAAACUUUGGGAAUGAA